AUGGCUGACCGCAAAUCAACUGUCUACGUACUAGACCCCUACCAUCCAGACGCCAUCGCAGUGCUCCAGCAAUCAUCCGACAUUAAUGUCGUCCUCCCAACAGACCCAAACAAGAACCAGUAUACUGAAAAUGCCACUGCAGUUAUGCUCCGCAGCGAGACCCGCCUCGGUGCAGAUGAACUGUCCAAAUGCAAGAGGCUGAAAUACAUCGUCAAGCAAGGCGUUGGUGUCGACAACAUCGAUCUCAAAGCAGCUGUCGCCGCGGGUAUAAAAGUUUACAACACCCCGGGUUUGAAUGGAGAAGCAGUUGCUGAGCUUACACUCGCACUGGCCUUGACGCUGUCACGACGAGUUGCAGAGAUUGACCGCCGGACGAGGAACGGUGAGGCUAUUGUGAGGAGUCAGACGCUGGGAAAGAGCUUGUUCAAGAAGACCCUGGGAGUUAUUGGAAUGGGGAAUAUUGGGCUUGCUGUUGCGAAGAAGUGGGUUGGGGCCAUGGAGGGCAGUAUCGUUGCUUAUGACCCCUUCUCAGAUGGGAAACAGUGGUUGAGCACGUUCAGGGAGAGCAGGUUUCGCCAGGUCUCAGAGCUGCAUGAUCUUUUGAGUGCAUCAGAUGUCGUAACUCUUCAUCUCCCUCUCACCAAAGACACAGAGAAUAUCAUCUCUUCUGCAGAGUUCAAUGCCAUGAAGGAUGGUACAGUUCUGCUCAACUGUGCUCGAGGAGGCAUCGUUUAUGAGGAUGCAUUGUUAACUGCGCUAAAAAGCGGAAAGCUAUUUGGUGCUGGCCUUGAUGCCAUGAAGGUUGAACCUCCUACUAUUGAGGCAUACCCGGAGUUGCUGGCGUUGCCGAAUGUUGUUUUGACGCCUCAUGUUGGAGCUUCGACGGUUGAGAAUCAGAGCCAGAGUGGAUUGGCCGUUGCAGAGAUUGCAAUGGCGCUGUUGAGGGGGGAGGAGAAAGGGAAUAGAGUAGCAUAG